UUCAGGGCUAAACCACAUUUAACACACCAAGCAACUGUUCCUUGUGCAAGUAGAUCAGUAACUAGUGUAAAAAUGAAAUGGUGUUGCUAUCUCUGUAAAAGAUAAUUUCAAUAGUCUGCAGAUAUUUGUUAAGAAACCAGGAGCCUUAUCACAUUUAUUCGUGUUCACGCUUACUUUAUUCACCAGUUCAGCGCUUAAAUGGAAGCGUGUGGCGUAUCACUAGUUGAUUUAACCCUAAGUAUUCGCACUUGAAUCUCACAUGAUGCGGAGCAUAUCACCAACAGUGACAAGAACCAUCACGUGCACCGCGGACUUCCAGGAACAACGAUAACGUAAGGAGCUGACUGUCUCAGUGUUUGGUCAUGGACGAUAAGAGUCACUGCGCUCUGCCAGGUACCAGAGGGUCAAAGUUCACACCCACAACCAUCCAAUCGGAGCGGGAGCGGCGGAGGAUCCGUGCCCGGGCCCGGGAGCAGAGCGACGCCGUGAGUUCCACGCCCGACCGGAUGGCGAAGCGCGACGAGGGGUCCGGCAUUCCCUGCAAGGUUCCCCGGUUCCAGUACGUGGACUUCCCCUCGCUGCACCAGUGCAUCCAGCAGCUGAGUGUGCCGCCGCUGGAGAGUUGGCUGGCCGGCUGCCGCAUGGGCCUGGACAGGGACAGGGACAGGGGUAGACCCUCUCCUGGACUCACGCCAGCUAGCCCCAAGGAGAGGGCUAGCCCCAAGUUCAAGUACGUGGACUACCCCUCGCUCUACCACUGCAUCCAGCAGCUGUCCGUGCCUCCUCUGGAGAGCUGGAGCUCGUGCCUGCCUCAGCCCAGGGCCGGUGAUGGCAGUGGGGCCAAGGCAGUGGAGAGGACCCCCUCUCAGACCGGCUCGACGAGGGAGGACCAGGCCACACAGACUGCACCAACUGACACGUCAGACGCGGGUCACGUGCAACAAGGGGAGCGCGCAGCUUUUCCCUUACCAAGGAGAGACCUGGCAGAGGAGUGUCCAAGCCCAGCACCAAACGCACCCUCACGUAAACGACAGCACACAGCUCCACCCCCACACGUACCCACAUCAGCCGGAUCAAAAACGGCGGUUGCGAAAGGCCCCUUGGAUCAAGGCCCGGCAUUGUCCGUGACGCCAGGCUAUUACCGUAGGCCAACAGCAAGCCCAGACCCAGACAGAGCGUCACCCGGGCCUGAUCCGAAGGGCACCCGGCCAUCUGUGAUCAAUUUGCACCCGGGAAAGGAGACGCCAGCGAGGCAUCAUCCUCAGGGCCGCCUGGCAGGCUGUCCAGACACCACGCAGGUGGCCAGCAGCGUCCACUCACAGUCUGUCUGCACUAUCUGCCAAAAGAUGUUCGCUGGACCAGAGGAGCUGAGAGAGCAUCAAGAAAAACACUAAGGCAAAAGAGCCGUCUGAAAAGGCCCUCCAUAGGGAGAUAGAUGUUGGGCCCUCAUAGCUACUGGUCAGCUGUGUGUGAGCCAAGGGCAGAAGAGCAGCAACAGUACACAUCAGCACAGGACUCUGUUUCACUGGGCUAGAGUGAGAUGGCACUUCAACCAUACUGAGCAGCACACCACUGUCACAUGAUGGACUCACUACUUGGACUGAUGAUACGAACAAAAACGCGAAAAAUAUAGACAAGUCCGGGAAGAAUAUCUACAUGGGUCAUACGACAAGUUAUUCUGUCUGUUACUUUUUGGCGCUAGAGAAGAGAACAAGAUCUUGACAAUGGACGUGUGUAAUGUUGUGCUUUUUCAUUAACUUGAGAAAUAAUAUGCCUGAGAAAGAGAGAGAGAGAGAGAGAGAGAGAGAGAGUGUGCACAUUUCUUUUUUUGCAGUGGGCACAAGAGAAAUCUUAGCUUUAAUUUUUUUUUCUUUAAAAGGGAUGGCAGUGUUUUGCUUGUUUACAUGCUGUUGUGGGGUGGGUGAGGUGUCGUGACAUCUCUAGCAAGUGAAUGAGGUGCAGCUAGUUGCACUGGGGAUGCCCGUGUCUUCACCGUGAGCUUGGGUGCCUCCAAACCCUGUGGCUAUUGCAAAUGCUGCAGAAGCAAAAAAAAAAAAAGUCUUCUUUAUUAAUUUGUUGUAUGAUCUUUUUAUUCUUUCUUUGUAUUGUAAUGUUUUAUAAAUACCUUUAAUUGACUGCUGUUGCUUAUAGGUUAGAAUUUAUUAAAAAAAAACCUUUUUUAAUUAUGUUUUCAAAUGUCUAAAAAUUUUAACUUGUGGUUGCAUUAAAGAUUUUGUACAAUUGC